UCUCUCUCUUUCUCUCUCUCUCACUCUCACUGCCUUCUUUCUUUCUCUCUCUACACAUAUAUAUAGUAUCUCUCUCUCUCCCUCCUCCACCCCCGUGAUAUUUCCAAAGCCCUACUUUUCUUUUCUUGCUAGAAAAGAUAAGUUCCAUUUACAGAGCAAUUUCUGCUGAGAGUCAUUGGUUGGAGAAUUAAAACCUGCAGAGAAAUGGAUGGUAAUAGUGAUUGCGGAAAGAGCCUCAGUAUCGAUUGGGACACGGACGAUGAGCUUGAGAUUGAGGGCAUGCCUUUUUCUUCAGGUGUGGGUCCAGUGACUGCUGGUCAAGAAGCUUUUGCAGGAUGUAGAGAGGCAAGUUCUUCUAAUGGUUCCCAAACCUCACGCACCAUCCAUCACUUUGUGGGAAUGGGAUUUCCUAAAGAUAUGGUGGUUAGAGCAAUGAAGGAAAAUGGGGAAAAGGAUAUAGAAGCAAUACUGGAAGCUCUUCUCACAUACUCGGCUAUUGAGGACCUUCCCCUGGAAGAGGAACAUGUUUCUGAUGAUUCGUGCGCUUCCAAGUGUGCAAGCAACCAUCCAGACCUCCUCUCAGACCAGAAUAACUUCCCUAUAGAUGAGGAAAAUACACACUAUUCAAUAGACAAGGAUGGGACCAUAUCAGUUCUAGUGGAAAUGGGUUACCAAGCUGAGGAGGCUUCGAUAGCUAUUGACAGAUGUGGUCUAGAUGCCCCAGUUGCAGAACUAUCAGAUUUCAUUUGUGCAGCCCAAAUGGCAAAGGAAGCUGAUUUUCAUCUUGAAAAGCACACAGAAGCUUACAUCCCGAAAGACAAGAGGAAAAUUCUGAGGACAGAGGCCUGGAAUCUUAAGCGACCAAAGGGAAUUAUGAAGGAGCAAAUGGUUCAAGACGAUGAGGAGUUCCGUCUUCCAAAUCCAAUGACAGGUUUUGGAGUUCCUAGUGAAACAUGGAGCAUAGUUCAUAGGACUCUCCCAGAGGCAGCUCUGGGUCCUCCAUAUUUUUACUAUGAAAAUGUAGCAAUGACUCCCAGAGGAGUUUGGAGUACGAUAUCUAGAUUUCUGUAUGACAUUGCCCCGGAGUUCGUAGACUCAAAAUACUUCUGUGCGGCAGCUAGAAAAAGAGGUUACAUUCAUAACCUCCCAAUACACAAUAGGUUCCAGAUUCUUCCACCCCCUUCACUCAAAAUACACAAAACACUUCCUCACACAAAGAAGUGGUGGCCUUCAUGGGAUGCUAGAGACCAGCUGAAUUGCCUUCUUACCUGUGUUGGGAGUGCCAAACUCACUGAGAGGAUACGGAAUAAACUUGAAGAGUCAGCGGGAGAGCCUCCUGUGCACGUGAAGAAGUACGUAAUGGAACAAUGCAAGAGAUGGAACCUGAUUUGGGUAGGUAAGAAUAAUGCAGCAACAAUUGAACCUGAAGAGAUAGAGAUACUCAUGGGGUUUCCAGUGAAUCAUACAAGGGGUGUCAAUAGAACAGACAGGUUUAAAGCCCUAGGGAAUGCUUUUCAGGUUGAUACAGUGGGAUACCAUCUAUCAGUCUUGAAAAGUUUGUUCCCAGGUGGCAUUAACCUCCUAUCACUCUUCUCCGGAAUUGGUGGGGCUGAAGUUGCCUUGCACCGGCUUGGGAUCUCUUUGAAGAAUGUGGUUUCUGUUGAGUUAUCAGAGCCUUGUCAGACCAUUGUCCGAAAUUGGUGGGAGGAAACAAACCAGAAGGGAAACCUAAUCCACAUUGCGGAUGUGCAAGAGGUGACAGCUAAAAGGAUUGCUCAGUGGAUCAGUAGGUUUGGAGGGUUUGAUCUAGUGAUAGGUGGGAGCCCAUGCAAUAACCUUGCUGGGCGCAACCAUGUUAGUAGAGAUGGGCUUGAGGGAAAACACUCUUCUCUGUUCUUUGAUUACUUCCGGAUUUUAGACCUUGUCAAGUCCAUGAUGAGCCAGUACUAAAUGAUUUCUGGAUUGCAUAUUGGACACCACAGAAUUGUCUAACCAGUUAGUUAGCUUUUCCUUGUAGUAACGGCAGUUUACAGUCAUUGAUUGGUUCUUGUAAUUGCAGGUCUCUUGUUACAAGAAGAUUGUAGUUGUCUAUUUUUCUGUUCUAGGAGUAUCUUUUUAAACAAGGUCAUAAGACUCAUAACCAAGCUUGCUUGUGGAUUUGAACGACUGGUGAGAUUUGUAGUGUAAUCAACAACUGACAUGCGUGUACAUAUUUGUUAAAAACCUACGAUAGAUGAUAUGUGUCCUAUGAUUUGUAUCGUCACCUUUGGAGAACGAAAC